AGUCAAUUGAUUAUUGUGUCGUGCAAUUGCCUUUUAAACUCUGAGAAACAAAACAAUUAUCGCACGAUAACUGAAACAAUUAACAUUUUACAACAAAGAAGUCCUCCAGAUCCUGCGCCGCACCCAACCCAAGAACGAUCAGGUAGCAAGCAACAUGGCAUCGCGGCAAUUUCUCCGCGUGCACUCUCACCAGACAACAACAUGGCUGCGAAACCGAAGCGCAGUAACGACAAGGCCUUUUCACCGGUCCUCCACUGCCCAGUUCCCGUACAAGGACACGCAAGACCGCACCUCGCUGAAGAAGAACGGGACGGAAACGACCAAGUCUGGCCGCGACUCGGACGCGGCCGCAGACCCCGAGGCGGCGUACAAUCCGCAAAAGACGUCGCCCGAGGCGGCCAUGGAGGCGGCCAAGGGGCCAGAACUAGAGGUCAGCGGGGCGAACCAAGAGAUGUCAAAGCCGAUGGGUGACAGGGGAGAGGCGGACCAAGGGUCGGGGAAGGAGGUCAGGAAGGGAGGUUCAAGCGGUGGCAAGAGUCCGGCUAAGAAGGGGAAGCCUUCCGCCUGAGGGGGGAGAGACGGCCAUGGGCAGAUCCGCUUGUCUCACUGUGCGGGACGGACAGACUGUUCUCAAGACUUUCCUUGUAAUGACGGUCCAAGACGGGGCAAUGGGAAGGCGGUCAGGCGUUCGGCCCUGAAGUAGACAUGUUCAUGAUGGCAUUUCAAGUCCCCUUCUUGACGUUAAUCAUAAGAGAAAAACACUACCACGGAAUAAAUGCACACAUAAAGU